CCAACACAUGAAGAAGUAAUGCUGUGGUCUGAAUCUAUGGAUAACCUAUUGUCUCACAAAGCUGGUCAGAUUGCCUUCAGAAGCUUCCUCAUGACGGAAUUCAGUGAAGAGAACAUCAAUUUCUGGUUGGCCUGCGAGGACUACAAGAAAAUCAAGUGUCCUACAAAACUAGCUUGUGAGGCCAAGAAGAUUUACACUAAAUUUAUAAAAGUUGAGGCACCUGAAGAGAUUAACAUUGACUUCACAACAAGGGAGAAUAUUACCAAAAACAUCGGUGAUCCUACCCCUUCCAGCUUUGACCUGGCGCAGAAACUAAUCUACAGCCUGAUGGCCAAAGACUGUUACCCCAGAUUCCUGAAGUCCAACAACUACCUGGAACUGGUAACCAAUGCAGACAAAAGUCAAUAG